ACUGUCUAGCUAGCUGCUAGCGCUUACUGCCUACCUCUAGCUCCAGCAGCUCAUCGGCCUCGCACUUCGCAGUCAAUACUUUCAUUAAUAAUAAUAAUAAUAAUAAUAAUAUUCUCGAUUGUAUAGGGUAACUUUUUUUGUGUUUAGAUUUUUUUACCUUAUUAGUUAUUAGUAUUUCGUUUUCCCCUUCUCGUUGUAUUGGAUCCACGGGCAUCAGUCAUUGGACAUUCUCUAGUUUCUCACCAGUCUAUGAUCGCCGAUCGUCCUAGGUGAAGCCGGUCGGUUCUGCAUCAUCGAUAUUAUAUUAUUAUUACUAUAGUCAGUAUUUAAUCUUUAAUCAUGAGUGUACAAGGGUUUGAGGAUCUAAUUAAUGGUCCUUUGACCACUUUUGUCCAAUUAUCCAAUCAAAUUGGUGGUGAUGUAGCCACUCAAGCUGCACUUGUCCUUAGCGCUUUUCAGGCUGAAUUUCAAUUCAUCAAAUAUGCCAGUGAACAUAGUGCACCAAGUGACACUGAAAAGCAAAAGCUAUUACUUCCUACAAGUACUAAAAUCCAAGAGAUCCAAACACUAAGAGAGAAAAAUCGUGGUUCUCCAUUUUUCAAUCAUCUCAGUGCCAUCAGUGAAAGUAUACCUGCAUUAGGUUGGGUUGCUGUGUCUCCUACCCCGGCUCCUUACGUUAAAGAAAGCAAUGAUACUGGUCAAUUUUACACGAACCGUGUGCUUAAAGAAUGGAAAGAAAAGAACAAAACUCAUGUUGAGUGGGCAAGAACCUGGGUCCAACUUUUAGUUGAUCUUCAAGCAUAUGUCAAACAACACCAUACAACUGGAUUGGUUUGGGCAAAAGCUGGAACAAAACCAUCUGGAGGUCCACCACCCCCACCACCACCAUGUGGAUUGCCACCAAUGGAUGAUUUAUGUUUAGCCCCUGCUGAUCCAGAUGCUACUAACCGUUCAGCCUUAUUUGCAGAAAUCAAUCGCGGUGUUGAUGUCACUAAAAGCUUGAAAAAAGUAUCUCCUGAUAUGCAAACCCACAAAAAUCCCAGUAUGAGAGCGAGUGGACCAGCCCCUGCUGUAAUUGGUAAUUCAUCAGGUGUGUCAGCACCUAAACCAGCUGUUGAAAAACCUCCAGUGUUUGCUCGUGAUGGUAAGAAGUGGCUUGUCGAAAACCAAAAGAACAAUACUAAUCUUGUGGUUGAUGGUGCUGAAAUGAAUAAUGUAGUGUACAUAUUUAAGUGUGUAAAUUCCACUAUCACAGUGAAAAACAAAAUCAAUUCAAUCGUUAUGGAUUCUUGUAAAAAAUCAUCUGUGGUAUUUGAAUCAUUAGUCUCAUCUGCUGAGUUUAUUAAUUGUCAGUCAGUUCAAAUGCAAGUAUUGGGUAAAGUGCCAACAAUUACUAUCGACAAAACUGAUGGCUGCCAAAUGUAUUUAAGCAAGGAUUCUUUGACUACUGAAAUUGUUACAUCCAAAUCAUCCGAAUUGAACGUAAUGGUUCCUAAGGCAGAUGGAGAUUAUUCUGAAUAUCCAAUACCUGAACAAUUUAAGACAAAAAUUGGACCUAAAGGUCUUAAUACUGUUGUUAUUGAAGCUUCUGGGUAAAUUUUAAACAUUUACUCAUUUGUUGAGUUCAACUGAAAUCUUGAAUUUAUUCAGCAUUUAUUUAAAUAGAAUUAGGAGUAAAAAAUAAUCUUAUUAUUUAUUUGGAUGUUAAUGUUCAAAAUUUAAAAACUAAUUUCAUCAUUCAAUGUAUACAUUUAUACCAAUAAUAUUGAGUAAAACUACAUUUUUAUUGCAAAUCUGUAUUAAAUCUAAUGAAAAUAUAGGUGAUUUAUAAAUGUAUUGUGUGGUCUGAAAUUUUAGAAAUAUUUGAUUCGUACAUUUUUAUGUUUAAACCAUAUAAUUUUUAAUUAACAUUAUGUCCUGCUCAUCACUAUAAAUAGUGCUCAUAUUUUUUACAUUACUAUUAACCCGUUUUUUACAAAAUAUUUAUGAAUUAAUCAAUAAAGUAACUAUAAUUAACUUUAUAAAUUCCUCGUAUGAUUAAUAAAUUAUUUGAAACAAAUUAAUUGUGAUAAUUUUAUAUAAAAGAAAAAAUAUACUAAUAUUAUUAUAUUAAGUAUGAUUCUGGUUUUUUUAAUUUAAAUUAUUACUAAUGAUCAUUGAAAUUAAAUGGUAUUAUUAUUUAUUUAUUCAUCAAUAUAGUUUAUACAACAAAAAUAUUUAUAGCUUUAUUAUUAUUUAUCACAUUUAUAACCUAAUUCAUAAAUUGGUUUUUUGUAUUUAUUGUAUUAUCCUUAACUACUAACUUAUAAUUAAAAGUGGAAAUCACAAUAAAAAAACUUUUUUUUUAUCAAAUUAAAUA